UGAAAGGGCUUCCUGGAAAACAAGACAAAGCCAAACAAAACCCAAGUGUUCUGAUACACAUGGCUCCACACCCCCGGGGAGAGAAGGAGCCCACGCUGGCAGGCACUGAAACUGUAAGAGUGGACACUGGGUGAGUUCUGCAGAAGUCACUGAGCUCUGAGUUCAUCGCAGUUCACGGGGAGCCAUGCAGGAUGAAGAUGGGUAUAUCACCUUAAACAUCAAGCCCCGGAAACAAGCUCUCAGCUCAGCUGAACCUGCCUCUUCUUGGUGGCGUGUGACGGCUUUAAUUCUGUUGAUUUCAUCCGUGGGGCUGGUGGCUGGACUCGUGGCUCUGGGGAUCAUGUCGGUCACACAGCAAAAGUAUCUACUGGCUGAAAAAGAAAAUCUCUCAGCUACUCUGCAGCAAUUGGCCAAGAAAUUCUGCCAAGAGUUGAUUAGACAUUCAGAAAUUAAGACAAAGAGCACUUUUGAGCACAAGUGCAGCCCCUGUGCCACGAAGUGGAGAUACCAUGGAGACAGUUGCUACGGGUUCUUCAGGCGUAACCUAACAUGGGAAGAGAGCAAGCAGUAUUGCACUGAGCAGAAUGCCACACUUGUGAAGAUCACCAGCCAGAGCACUCUGGAAUACAUUGCAGACAGGAUUACUUCGAUCCGUUGGAUUGGAUUAUCACGCCAGAACUCCAGGAAAAACUGGAUGUGGGAAGAUAACUCAGUUCUUCACAAGAAUGUUAUUGAUCUUUCUGGGAAUACAGAAGAAAACAUGAAUUGUGCUUAUCUUCAUAAUGGAAAAAUCCAUUCAGCUUCCUGUAAAGAGAGACAUUACUUAAUAUGCGAGAGAAAUGCUGGCAUGACAAGAGUGGAUGAACUGCUUUGAUGCAGAAGGAUGGGCAGGAUGUCAGAUAAGUGCUUGAUCAUUCAAUAAAAGAUCUAGACAAAAGAAUUCCACAUCUACAAAACCGCUUAUUUCAUUUUUUAUUUAUAUCAUUGUUAUAUCACAAGACUGAUCCUUGUUUUGUAUAUUAAAAACCAUCAUGAAAGCAGAUAUCUAGAUUUUGCAAUAUCUUUAUUUGUAUUAUACAGUCCCAAUUUUCUUAGUAUGUUGUAAUCCAUUAUAGCUUCAAAUAUACACAUAUAAACUUAAAAUUAAAUUGGGGCACAAGUGAGUUAUCUAAGUUAUCAUUGUUAUCUAAAAUAUCUAAGUUAUGAAAGACACCAUAGGAUAGCAGAAAUAAUACAGAUUGGAAUCUAUAUUAAAGUUUAAAUGCUAUGACCCCUUAACUGAAAGGCAACCAUGAAACAAUUCUGUCUGUCUGUCUGUCUAUCUAUCUAUCUAUCUAUCUAUCUAUCUACCUAUCUUUAUAUCUACUUUUGAGAGAAGAGCCCUAUCUGUCCUGGAACUCACUAUGUAGACAAGGCAUUUUCUUCUGUUUCCCAAAUGCUGGGAUUAAAAUCAUGUGCCUGGCUAAUGAGACAGUUUUCUACUUUGUUUAAUUUCCAUUUUCUCAUACUUAAAAUGAUUUGAGACUGGAGGAUAAAGGAAGUGUAUGUUUAUUCAUAUAUACAUAUGAACAUGAAAAUACUAAAUAAAUAUUAAAUAUAAGAAUAAAUAUGAAAAUACAUGAAAUAUAUCCUAUAAUUAUAUGAAAAUACUAAAAUAAAAUAGGAUGAUGAUAUUGCCUAUUUUAUAUACUUCAGCAAAAAUAAACUUAUGAGUUUUAUGAUAUCUCUAAAAUUACCAUACAAUUUAAAUUUUUUUGCAUAAACAUAUGCUUACAAGAAACAUGUGAGUACUAACUGUAGCAGAAAUGCCAUGGAAACAAUCCCCGAAUUCCUUGUUCAUCAUCUGUGACCGCACCAAGCUGGUCCCUGACUCGUGAGAAACUGUGUGCUUUUCAUCCGGACUGGCCCCAGUUCACUCUCUUCACAUUCAACAGUGGUCACCCUCCAUACAACACAAGGAAACUGGACUGGAAAGAGACCUCACAGGAAUGGCAAAACCAUAAAAUAUUUCUUGACGAAGGAGAGUGUCCAGAAGGCAGAAGGAGAAGCAGAAUUGUUUUUUAUCUGGUUCUUUUCCUGACAGUUCUAUGUUUGGUGUUUGCUGAAUAACCAAGAAGUUAUUUAUAGGGCCUGUGGAAAGGCACCUCUAACAGGAUAAGAGGCAAAAGUCACACUUUCUCCCCAAGCCAUACUCCACAACUUCCUUUGUUUAGCUAGUGAUAAGGCAGGGUCAUGAAUACAGUCAGCUGAGGACUUUGUGGAAACUGGACAUGCUCAAGCAUGAAGAGAGAUGGAACCCAGAAGGCUGAGGAGAUAUGAAAAUCUGUGUUUUUAAUACACACUCCCUGUGACCCUGUUGUAAACAGUCCACUCUUAAGAUCUUUCAAUAAACAUUGAUUUAGCACUUACUCCCUAUGUGGUUUGGGGCAAAUGGCUUAGUCUCUAACACUGCAGUGAGCUGGUUACUCUAUCCAGAAGAGAACUGUGAUGAUCUUUGAUGUGAUUAUAUGAAAUAUUUGUUCAGGGUAUCAAUGGUGUGAUACUAAAAU